CCACCAUCCAUCCAUCGCUCGCUUCCCUCGCCAUCCUCCUCUCCAACCGAUCAGCACUCAGCAGCAGCACCCGCGCAGAGACCACCUCCCGCAGCUUCAAUCGCACGACCAUGGCGUCGCAGCGGAGGCAGAUGCAGCAGCAGCAGCAGCAGCAGGCGGGCACGGCGCCGGCGCCGGCGCCCGUGGGGUUCGAGGACUACCUGCCGGUGAUGGCGGAGCGGCUGGGCGAGGAGGGCCUGAUGCGGGAGCUGGCGAGCGGGUUCCGCCUGCUCAUGGACCCGGCCCGCGGGCUCAUCACCUUCGACAGCCUCCGCCGCAGCGCGCCGCUGCUGGGCCUGGGCGCCAUGUCCGACGACGACCUCCGCGGGAUGCUCGCCGAGGGCGACUUCGACGGCGACGGCGCGCUCAGCGAGAUGGAGUUCUGCGUGCUCAUGCUCCGCCUCAGCCCCGAGCUCAUGGACGGGCCCCGCAGGUGGCUCGACGACGCCGUGGCGCAGGCCUCCCAGUUCCUCUUCACCAGCUAGGCUGCUGGAGAUUGCUCGAGGCGCAUAGGAAUUGCUGAGCUUUUCUUCUUCUUCUUCUUCGUUUUCGUUGUUCAUAGCUGGAUAGGAAGGGACUGCUGGCUGAUCGGUCGAUGGAUUCCAUGUCAUGUGUACGCAUCUGUUCCUUCCCAACUGGAGUCUGAAUUGAUCAAACAUGCUUCUUCCUCUUUUGACCAUCA